AUGGCUGCUCCUGCUGAUAUCACGAUCAAGAACCUUAAUGGACAAUGGGUGAUGGACUCUAGCCUGUCCGACCCUACGGACCCUAUUCUAGCUCUGCAAGGCAUGAGCUGGUUCCUCCGCAAGGGACUCUCAUAUGCUACUGUCACUCUGCACAUUCAUGAGUAUACUGACUCUGAAAACCCGUUGGUGUACCACAUCGACGCCGACCAGGUCAUCACUGGCGGUAUCAAGGGUACAUCCGAGCGACGUGUACUAGACUGGACAGAGCGCGAGCAUACCGAUGAUAUCUUCGGUACUGUCCGUGGCCUUUCGAAGAUGGUCCGAGGUGCAAAGAAUGAGAAUGGCAAGCUCGUCCCAUCUGUGGAGCUGCAAUCCAGAGUCGGAGAGCCCGAGCUCGAUGCCAAGGUGCAGAAGUUCUUGCGUGGAGAGAUCCUCCUAGAUGGAUCCGAAAAUGAGGGCUUCCUGCUCGAUGAGGAGGGUGCUGAAUUUGGUGAAGGCGAGGGCUUGUUUGUGCACAGCUGGGUUGUGAACGAAAAGAGCCAAUGGACUGCUGAGCAGACCUGGGGAUUCGAGACCAUUGGAGGAGAGCGCCGUUAUGUCCGCCGUGCUGCUGUUGUGAAGAAUGGCCAGGUUGAGCUCGCUCGUCUGGUUUACACUUUCAAGUCGCGACGGGCUGAGUAG